AUGGAUUGUUAGUUAAUCACUUAAUUCGCUGCCACUAAAAAUUUAAAUUAUUUGAUAUACAUCUAUUUAUUCCGAUAUAAAAUAUUCCAAAACCUCUUUUUCCAUUUUUAUAUUCAGUUAUGGGUAUAUUAGAGAGGCAAUUUAUAAUAUGAAGGGCGUACUUUAUAAAAGGGUUCUACUAUUGACGAGUUGUCUCAUUUAGAGAAGUAGAAGAAGAAUGUGAAAGCAAUGAACAUUGUUUUGGUUUGGAUAAAACUCUUUGAAGUCCUUGGAUUAGAUAAUGGCUAAGUAUCUUCAAAAUACAUAAUUCAUUACUGGAAAAUCUUUUUUCUAGUUCCUAACACCUAUUAUGUAAUAAAGUAAAAUAUCAUAAUUAUUAAGCUGUAUGCAAUAAUAGCAUAGGAAGGAGAAAAAGCUGAUUCCUUUAUAGUCAUAAACUGCUGUAUACAAAGGAAACUUAAUUCAUUCGUUACUUUUACCAAGAGAUUGUUUUUGGAAGAAUUCUCUAUAAAAAACAACAAAAAAAAUUGGGGAAGGAUGUUAGAAAGUAAUUGAAAUUAGCUGUAAUUCGAAUUAGAUAAAUGUAAGUGAGUUUAAAUUAAAUUAGGAAAGAUUGAACUAACUAACUCAGGACACCAAGUGUUUAUGAUGAUUAAUAGUUUUAUUGUACUCGGUCAUUGACCAAAUUGGAUAAAAUCAAGUAAGAAUCAGAAGAUUAUGUCAUAAAAGAUAGUACUUAGGAGUUUUAAAGAGUAAGACCUUAGUUUUGUGAACUAAAUUAUUAAAAAUCAAUUGGUCAUGAUUUAGAUGGAACAUUGUUUAAAGUUUCUUAUAAACACUAAAAAUAUGUAUUGCCCAAAAUAUCUAGGGAUUUGAUAUCCGAAUGGAACUUAGAAAAAUAAAUUAGACAGGAAAAAAAGAUAUCGGAAAUUACCAAUCUUUAUAGCUAAUUUUUAUUAUAACUAUUUUGA